AAGUUUGACCUGUUCCACAAAUUUGGUAUCUGAUGUGAGAUCCUCCCCUUUAUUGGGGAGUUUGAAUACUGCAAAAUUUUCAUGCUCUUAUUUUCAAAAGAGUCUAAAAAGGUCUGGGAAGCCAACUCCAAUGCUUUUAAGGUAUCUUGAUAGUUUAACUUAAGUCUAUGUUCUCUUGUGAUAAGCAAAAGAUCAUGAUUCUUGCAAAGGCAUUUAAUGUGGAAGCUGUAAAUGCAGACUGUACUCAAAUCGAUGUAAAACAGUGCACCAAAUCUCUUCAAGUAUUUCUGAAAGAAUCCAAGAAUCUCAAAUUUCCACCUUUGAAGCACCUGAAUUUGAGAUCUGUGAGUAUGUACGAAGAUUACUUACAUGAAAACCUUCUGAAGGCUAGGGCUCAAGAAUAUAUAAUUUCCACAAAGAAUCUAUCAAAGUUCAAAAUUGAGUACAUACCAAAGAACUGAGUGAAAGAAGCUUUGUUCCAUAACUUUAAAAUAAGUAACGAAAAGUUUGAAGCCCUGUUCAGCAGACUGAGAUUCACUGAGAGAGUUCUUCUCAGCUCCUGUAAAGUGCUUGUCUCAGAAGAUUUUACUCUUUCUAAAGAGAAAACAUACCAGAUAAAGGAAUUUGGGAUGAAGAGCUGUGAAUUCUGGCUUGGAGAGAAAGCAAGGAUCCUUGAGCCUCUCUAUUCUGCAUGCAUGUGGGUCUUAAGAGAGUUCAUUCAGACACAGCUCAAAGAUAGUUUAGAAGUGAUCUGUUUGCCCUGGACCAAGGUUCAAAAAAGGAAGUUUGAAGAUUACCUCAAAGAAAAAGGUCUAAAGUGUAUGUUAAUAUAAGAGCGACUUAGGGGAGGAAAAAUAGGAGGUAUAUUUC